UUUCUCCUUGUAGUCUGCAGUUACUCCCAUCGUGUCCGGGGAGUACAGUCACCACCGGGACAGAGCACCGAUGGCAUCCCGGGUCUCCUUCACCCAGAUCCGGCUGGAAGCGGAGCUGGAGCGCUACCGGGCCGAGUGCCAGUGGGACAAGAUGCCGGCGAUCAUCGAGCAGAUGCAGGCUGCGAAGAUCCACGAGGACGAUGACUAUGGGACACUGUUGAUGGCUGAGGCGUUGCUGGAGGAGUGCCUGCAGGAAAACAUGGACCUGUUACGGAGAUCCACACCUUUGAUGGACAAGACCCAGCCCAGGUUGUGCAAGGCCAAAGGCCACCUCAACACCAUCCUGAGCCGAGGCCGUCUCACACCCAGGUACUUGAAUGAGGCUCUGCUGCUGAUGGCCAAAGUGCAUUAUGUGCAGGGUCGCUACCGGGACGCCCAGGGAAUGUGUGCCAGAGUGGGGCUGGAGGAGCUGACACAGGAUGACCAGCCAACCUACCACCUGCGACUGCUGGCUGAGGCGUUCGUCAUCAAAGGUCUGUCUCUGGACCAUCAGACAGUUUCUGCAGUGUCUCGGGUUCGUCUGUCAGAGAGGGAGGAGGAGAGUCUGUCCUGUUACCUCAGGGCCUGCGAUGCUGCUCUGUCCUACCUGCAGGAGCUUGACAAGGUAGUUACCACGCCACACACCAAGACAGCCAAAGCCAGUCUGCUUCCUCCACCUGUGGACAUCGACCUGGGCUACUUCCUGCAGGCUGCGUUACAGAGUGCUUACAUUUGUCUGCUGCAGAGGGGUCAUCUUGCGCAGGGUGCUCACCAGCUGCGUAGGGUGCUCAGGGUGGUAGAGUCACGAGGGUCUCAGAGCUUCAGGAAGUCUGCAGCGAGGAAGCUAGCAGAGGUGCUGCUGAGCUCAGUGAGUGAAGACAGCUACUGGCCUCCGCUGGGCCCCCCUCCCUCAGCCUGGCUCCACAGAGAGGGAGCCGCCGCCUCCAAAGACGCCAUAUACCCCACUGUUAAACCACCGCAACGUUAUAGCACUGAAUGUUGCUUCUGUCCUCAGGACGUGGUGGAAGAGGCAGUGUUGCUGCUGCUCAUCACAGAGUCCAUGGCCAGCGGUGAAGCGGUCAUCAGUCGUCUGCCUGACCAGGCGGAGGCUCGCCAGGCCAGUCUGCAGGAUGCCACCUCUGUCUACGACCUGCUCACCAUCGGCAUGGCCAGGAGGGGGCAGUACGCCAUGCUGUCUGAGUGUCUGGAGCGAGCCAUGAAGUUCUCAUUCAACGAGUUCCACCUCUGGCACCAGCUGGGCCUGUCACUCAUGGCGGCCGGGAAGGGGGUUGGUGCUGUGUCUGUAUUUAAAGAGUGUGCCAGGAUGAGACCUGAGGACCCCUCAUUGCCCCUGUUGGCUGCUAAAGUCUGCAUUGGUCAACUGCACUGGUUUGAGGAGGCAGAGGUCCUGUCCCAGAGUGUGGUGUCUAUGGGGGAGGAAGCUGGAGAAUUUCUACCCAGGGCCUACCUGGCUCUGGGACUCUGCUGCAGUCUACAGGCCUCUGAUGCUUCUCUCAAAGCAGAUCGGAACGAAUUCAACAAGAAAGCACUACAGGCUCUGAGAAAGGCUCAUUCAUUAGACCCCCACGAUGCUCAGAUUGCUAUGUACCUGGCUCUGCAGCUGGCAAUUGUACGCCAGGUAUCGGCAGCCAUGGAGCCCCUGCAGGCAGCUUUAUCUCUCUAUCGGGACGACUUACACUCCCUCCACCUGCUGACCCUGCUGCUCAGCGCCCAGAAACACCACCAUCAUGCCUUGGACACCCUUGGCCUGGCCCUCAGCCAGCACCCCGACAACUUCAAUUUGCUGUUCACCAAAGUGAAGCUUGAAGAGGCCCUGUUUGGCCCGGCUGUAGCUCUGCAGACCUGUGAAGAGAUGCUGCAACGCUGGCAAAGCCGCUAUGAUGUCAGCCGCUCCAGUGAGACAGAUGACAGCAGCAGUAUACCGAUGGCUGAGAGGACAGAGGUCAGCCCUGGAGGCAGGAAACCCUCCAUCCACCUCACCCUGCCUGACUUUCAGGACGCCUCCACUGGUUCAUUGAGCCCUUCGUCAGUGGCAGUUUCUCGUCUGGAAGCGGCGCUUUCUGAGGUGUCAGACAUCAGCUCCACCCGUCGCCAAGGACCCAUCUACAUCUGGACCACUCUGGAACGCAUUUGGCUGCAGGCUGGGGAGUUGUUCAUGGCAGACGGUCGGUUAAAGGAGGCCCAGUUCUGCAUCGCCGAGGCCAGCUCAAUCUUCCCCAAUUCUCACUCAGUGCUGCUGCAGCGGGGCCGCCUGGCCGAGCUCCGGGGCCAACUGGACGAAGCCAAAGGCCUGUAUGAUGAGGCGCUGGCCAUCCAUCCCACAGGAGAGCGCAUACUGGUGCACAUGGGCCGUUUGCUCGUGAAAAGCGGCCGUGUCCACCUUGGGGAGAAGGUCCUGCGUGAUGCAGUUCAGGUCCACAGCACCUCCCAUGAGGCAUGGAGUGGCCUGGGCGAGGCCCUGCAGUCUCAGAGCUCCAGCCAGGCCCCCGACUGCUUCUUGAUGGCUCUGGAGCUGGAGGCUUCUUGCCCCAUCCGGCCCUUCACCAUCAUCCCCAGGGAGCUCUGAGGGGCCGGAGCCAGGGUGGAGGUUUGGGUUAAGGCUAAGGAAUUUGCCUUUGGCUGGAUGAUUAUACAUCGAUGCAGAUACACUGUAAAGCAGUGCUGGGUUCAAAAAUAUUCCUUAAGUGAAGAGUUUGACAUUUUGGGAUAUAAACCUGUUUGCUUUCUUGCCAAGAGUAAGAUGAGAACAUUGAUUCUGACAUGUGUCCAUUAAAUAUAAAGCUACAGCCAGGAGAUUUCAAGUUUUCAUACAAAUCAAACAAAUAAGAUAUGUGUUUAUUAAAGGACUUAAGAGGUUAAGAGAUGUCCUGUUUGGACUCAGCCAGGCUAUCUGCUGCCUCCUGUUUCCAGUCUUUAUGCUAAAAUAAGCUAACAGUCUCCUGGAUGUAGUUUCAUAUUAAUGGAAUCAGUUUUCUCGUCUCACUGUAGGCAAGAAAGUGAACGUGUUCUUCCCAAAAUUUGAAGUAUUUCUUUCCAAAAUACCCAAAAUUCCAAAAUACUUUAUCUGUACAUUCCAAGCAUCCGAUCUUAAUAAGCUAUAUUGGAUGAAAAAUAGCAAAAAUACAUAUUUUCACCUAGUGUUGAAUAUUAACAUGAAAACAGUAAAAAAAAAAAAAGGUACAGAAGGAUCCAGAGGUUUUCAGAUAACAGAAGGUUGUAUAGAAAAAAAAUAAGUACUGUACCAAUGUACAUCUCCUAUGGAGUUAUUAAUACAGAAGUAGUUUUUUUCAAAAUUAGUGAUGAAAUGAUGAGUAAUAGUUUCAGUGAUCCGAAUCACUGGGUAUCACUUUAAUGGCUCAUAAAUGGCAGAGAUGUGCUGGUUACGUCUUGAGAUAGAAUGUACAGUAUGUUGUUGUGUUACAUGUGGAAAUGCAGAUACAUAGAUUAUGUAUAGGCUGAGAGACACAACAGGAGCUCCACUUCAUCUUUAUUUUAGCCUUUGAUGCAUAUUUGAUGAUCAUGUUGAUUGACACAGCUUUUAUGUACACACACACACACACACACAUCCCACCCUCUAAUCUUCAAAUGAGAGCUUGUAUAUGUUCUAGCAGGGGCAUUCACUUAUCAGUCCAUAUGUCGCCAUUAUGAAUGUGUGUGUCUGUGUGUUUUCAUACAGUGCGUCUUUACAUUAUGUAUCUUCACGCAUGUGUGUUUGUUUAAGACCAUCCCUCUGGGGUGUUAUCAGUCCCUGUUAUGUUUGUUCUGUUCUGGUCUGUGUGUGCGUGUGCGUUUUGUUGGGUUUUGUUUGUUUGUUUUUUGACUCAUCUGUUAGUAAUGUUCUCCAUUAUAAACAACAAUGGCUUUUAAAAAUCACUGCUGGAUGCUGCGUCUUCACCUGCUUUGUCACUUGUGACUAAUGGACAUCACUUCCGAGUGCCUAACCACAUUAAUGUGAGCAGUGGGACUGGGCUGCCGGCUUAUGUAAUACUGCCAGCACAGUUUUCUGCCUCCAAACUCCCUCCUCCUCCUAUCUCUCUCUCUCUCUCUCUCUCCCCUCCUCUGUCUCUCUAUGUCUCUCGCCCUCUCCCAGCUUGCCUGAUGUGAUGUGAUGUGGCUUGGUUGCCUAGCAGCCAUCCCCUUGUUUGAGUAACUGGGGAAGUGGAGAGAUAUCUGGUCUGCUGAGCAACACACACACACACACACACACACACACACAGUGAGAGGCAGAUAAUGCCCCUGUUGUGUGGUUUUACAGGCUUGACAGUGUCUGUUUGAUGUCUGCUGUUACCAUGUGAGGUAUGAGCCAGCUAUAAUCAAUGUCUCAGGCUGGUGUAAAUUGAUUUGUGUUAUGGGAAGAGUCCCUGCCUUUGCUCUCAGCAAACCCACAAUUUCUUAACCCUUUACCUCCCUGCAGGGCUGCGAGCAGUAAUCCCUGCCUUCUCUGUCUUAUUUUAAAACUCCACAAUCGCCCACGUUCCCAACGCUCCCGGCAUGAAAAUCUCACAUUUAUCAAUAUUUCGUUUUUUCGCGCGGGAAUUAUCGAUCACUGUCACCUCUUUUCUGCCGUCCGAAAAAUCUAUUUUUACUUUUUUUCCUCUCCUCGCUCGCCGGCUCUCCCUUGUUCCAUCCUCUCCUCAUUAGCGUUGUGUGUGACACCUACACAGGGGCUUCGGGAGAUGAAUGGUCUAAUCCCUGUGGGUAAGGAGUGAAAUAUUACAUGGUGUGCUCACACACACACACACUGACAAUGAGAGACACUUGAACACAUUGUGUAGUACACAUGCUCACAUACGCACUUGCACAGACAGACACACACAUGCCAUGGUCUUGACAGCUCUGGUAAAAGGAGACAGAUUAAUGGAGGAAGUGGCCCGCUGCAAAGCCUUUCAGAACGACAACAAGCAGAGGAAGCUCUAUUCGCUUGACCGGGUGUCACCACACACACACUUAUAUAUACAGUACAUACACCUGGGAUCAAUAAGCAGAAUGCAUAGGAUCUUACUUGCUGUGUUUGUACUUGUACAUCAUUGAGAUAUCAGAGCAGCCAGAUGAGUCACUCUCACUUCUACA